AUGGAAGGUCUACCAUCUAGUAACCUGAUGCUUUGUGUGAUGCCUAUCACUGAUAUGGUAAUCAUGUGGUUGCUUACGUCUCGUAUAAAACACAUAGCCUAUUUCACGUUUGUCAUAAAUUCAAGACCCUCCAUUAACCUUUUAUUUCUCUUUUUCUCUUCUACGUUGCAGGGUCAGAAGAUGCCGGUGCUACAUCCGGCAGGGGCGUAUCCACCCUCCCUGGCCCAGCUGAUGAUGUACCAGGAACAGUACUCGUCUGGAACACCCCCACCUCACGUCAGAGGGUUAGAGGUCGACUCAAAAACAGGUAUCUUAAGACGGAGCCACUCUGAUAUUUCACCCUACCAUCCUCUGUCUCCAAGCUCACUUGGAUCGCAUCCAUUAGAGGUCUACAACAUGUCAUGGCCUGGGCAAACAUUCUACCCUCUAACAAGCAGCGCCCUCCGGUCCCCUUAUCCACCUAGUCUAGCCGUUAGUCCAGCCAGUAUGGCCCGUCUAGGACCAUCACCUAUCAGUUCUGGUCCAGUCCCCGUCGGUAGCCUUCCACACUCUCUCAUGCACCCAAUGGGAUCAUCACAACAACACGACGCUCAGCAACAGAGUAACGACAGACAUCAGAAGGAGAAGGAGAAGAAGCUAGCAGCCCAAGAAGCAAAGAACAAACAGCAACAUAUCAAGAAACCUCUGAAUGCAUUCAUGCUAUAUAUGAAAGAAAUGAGAGCCAGUGUGGUCAAGGAAUGUACGCUCAAAGAAAGUGCUGCCAUCAAUCAAAUACUAGGCCGUAGGUGGCAUGCGCUGUCGCGAGAAGAGCAGGCUAAGUACUACGAGCUGGCUCGCAAGGAGAGACAACUUCAUAUGCAGCUGUAUCCAGGAUGGAGCGCCAGGGAUAACUAUGCUAUCCACGGCAAGAAGAAAAAGAAGAAGAGAGAUAAAACUCAUGGAGAGAAUCCAGGUGAGCCAUCGACACCCAAGAAAUGUAGAGCAAGGUUUGGGGUGGAUCAGCAGGACUUCUGGUGUAAGCCUUGCAGGAGGAAGAAGAAGUGCAUAAGAUACAUCUCAUCUGACGAGAAUGACCAUGGAAAGAAUGAUGAUGAUAUGGAUGACGAUGACAUGGACGAUGACCAAUCCGACACCAGUCCUAGUCAACCACCACCGCUUGAUCCAGACCAACCCCCACCACCACCCCUGUCAUUGUCAGGGAUGCUCCCCCAUUCUCCUCUCCAUCGGCCUCAUCAAGAUGCUGUGGUGUCUCCUAAACAGAAUGGUAUCCAUCCUGGCCCAAUGAGCCGUGUGAUCGCUCCUCACCCUAGUAGCAGCAGCAGCAGUAGCGGAAGGAGCAACGGACACAGUAGUAGCUCUCAGAGCAACGGUGAACCACCAACAUCAAAAGGACCAAGUACAUCAUCAUUGCCUGUGACAUCUUCUGCAGGAAUGUCAUCAAGCAGUUCAUCCCACAAGGGAUCAAGCCAUAGAGACAGUCAUUCUGCCAGUCACUUGAGCCUGUCGAGUGUCAGCAAGCCUCCGGAAACAAGUCGUCCAUUGUUCUCACCACACCUGCACACGACGUCGUCGAGCGGUCCGAGCUCCUCGGCGUCGAUAUCGUCGUCGCUUUCGCAUUCUACUCUCAGCAUUCCGUCGCUCUCGUCCCAGCACAUCUCCCACCAUUCACAGCAAUCCCUGGCAGCGCAGACGUCGCCGACCAUCGUCCACUUACCUCAUCCCUCGGCGGCGUCCUACCCGUCGCUUUCCAGUGCAACGUCUCCGAUGGUGAUGUUCUCGCCGCAGGCAUCGUUGCUGGGUCACCAUCCGACCCCUCCCGGGAUGCAUGAGGCAUUCCGUCCCCACCUCGCAAAUGGUUUUCCCCCGCACGGUCUCUUACCGAUGCACCACCCUCAAGGUAUUCCUCCACCCCCUCUUAUCUCUGCCGCACACUCUCAGCAGCUUAGAAUGCCACUCUCUGAAAUGCCUCAGGAUUUAUCAGUCAAGUCAGGAACUGUGACGGCAUGACUACCCCGGUGAGACCUUGCCCAAGUCGCAACGUAACCAUCCCCUCUCAAUCCUCUAUGCACAAUGACCAUUCAAACACAAUCGUUGUUUGAGUGAAAACUUUUCUAUUGACCUUCAAGAAAUAAUUCACCAACUCUGGUCUGACUCCUAAAUACUUUGUCCUUUUAAUGAGAAUUAUAGAUGUAUUUUUGUUAAAUGAAUUUGAUAUUAAUAAUGAAAAAAAAUCUUGGAAGAUUUUCCUCUAUGUAUUCAUUGGGCUAGUGCCUUGUACCCUCUUCAAGCAAUCUGAAAUUAAUGACCAAUCAUCCCCCCACCCCCUUAUUUGAUAUGUUGAUUUUGAUACAAUUUGAAACAUAAGUGGCUGGUCCAUUUUAAUGUCAUAUUUAUUUGAUCCGAUCUGUCCCAAUCAUCCUUCUCAUAUACUGCAUGUUGUGGUAUGUGUCCACCUAAUUUUUUAUUGUACCAUCCCACCGUGAUGUCGACGAACCUAGCAGCUUUGAUUGUCCAAAUACUGGGCCACAUAUCACAAAGCUUACAGAAUGAACGUUGAUUGCUCUUCAUAACAAAUGCAAUCAGAUAUGAAAAUCAGACCUAUCAAUCUUACAUGUUGCGUUACCGAACUCUGAUCUUUCAGACCUGCUUUGCUGCGGGUCUGUCCAAGUGUUGCGUUGCGGCCGGCGUGAGUCUCUCCACAUGAACUGAUAAUAUGUACUACUCAACGUUGUGAAUUUGUAAAUUAUUUAUAUGCACGGGACACCUGUGUAUCGUCUAGCCUCGUCUGACUCUAAAAGACAUCGACCCAAGGUACCCGACUGCUUUCAUUGGCACGGCCAUUAUCUACGCUCCUACCACUGUCAUAUCUUGGAAACCGGGAGAAAAAGGACUCUUGAGUUUGAUAUAUGACCUGUCGCGACUGCUGAAUUUAUUGCUGUCUUUUUAUUUGUUUUGCUUUGUAAUAUAUUUCACUCACUUGCUCACUCCUGUAUUUGUUUUUAUUUUUAAAAGAGAUGUUUUUGUUCAUUUGUUGCUAGAGGAGCGCAUCAUACAUUAUCGGUCAUUGCAGAAUUCGGUAGUAAAUUGAUGAUUCCCGGAGAAGUAUAAUCGUGAUUUUAAAUUUCAAAUUUACUCUAAUUUCAGACUCAUUACAUGUCACAAAGCUGAUACUCAGACUUUUUAUUAGUGAUACUUGGAGAGUCAGAACUCUUUAAUGUAUGUGUUUCUUCACAAAAUGUGACCAAAUGAGAUUCAAUUUCAACAGUAAAAAAAAUGAAAGGACCAUGCACCCACAAAAUGGAUAAAAAAAUCUGCUGAGUCAUCCACUUCUCUCUUUCACAAGGUAUGACUGACAUAGCAUUUACAAUUUUUUUAUGGUUGUGAAGGUUUUGCACACUUGUUUUAUUUAAAGAGACUGUGAAGUAUGAUCUUUGUAAGUUGUGGUUAUUUUUACAAUAAUGGGAAAGAGAUUAAAGGUAUUCAGUUUUAAGCUUUGCCUAGCUUACCUUUGUGUAGUUCUUUUCACACAUGCAUAUUACAACUGUUAUCCUCUUUUGAUUGGGCCUCGCACUAUCGCAACCUUUGUUGUGCGAGAUCAUUUGUGAGAAAAUAGAAACCUUGUAAUGUUUGUCUAAAUACAUUCUAAAACCUUGUGUUUAAUCAGAACUGGAAUUAAUUGAAGAGAAGUAAUUUGCAGGGUUUUGUUUAUUUUUCUUUACUGAUACAAACGGGAAUAACAUCAGAAAUAUAUGAUUCAUUUCCAUUCAUUAGCCAUGAUUGAAUGGAAAGUGAUUUUAGCAUGUUUCAUGAUCUAUCUAUAUUUUUACUUUCUUUUCAAAAUAAGUCUGACAAUCAUUUGGUCAUUAAUAAGUUUUAUUCAAGAGAUUGCUUCAUGACCAAGCAAUUAUCAGGUGACAUUGGUGCAGCCUCAAAACUAUCAACAUGAAAUUCCCAUCGAUAUAAAGAAAUUAUUUUCCACCUAUAUUUUUCUUUACUGUUUUAGUGGUGCUGACAAACUUCUGCUGUGAAAACUCUUUUUUAAACUAUAAAGUCAUGUGACCAAAGCAAGUCAUGUGACGUAUACAAGUCAUGUGACCAAUAGAAGUCAUGUGACCGAUACAAGUUGAUGCGUCUCCCUAUGCAAUUCUGAAUUACCAUACUUGCAAUCUUGUACAUGUUUAUUCAUUAAAGGUCUAUGACUUUGUUUAUAAUUUUGUUUAUAUAAUAUUAGUAACAAAUGUGAUUUUAUGUUGUAAGAAUUAUAUUCUAUGUUAGUUUGAUGUUUCCCCUUAAUUACACGCAAGUACCUAUCUGAAAUUUUUGAUUUUUUUUCUCUCUAUUUUUCAAUCUUUGUGUAAGCUAUUAAUUGAAAGAAUGAUUUUCUUUUUGUACUUAACAUCUCAAAUAUAAAUUUAUACAAAUGUACUUUUUUUAAUUCAGGGGAAUAUGUAGAAAAUAUAAAUGAAUAGAUAAAAAUGAGAAUGAAAUUUUGAUUUUAAUAAAGCUAUACUUACACUUUCUACUGAGUAAGUUAGAACUAUGCUCAGUCGCAUGUUGUAUUCAUUAAAUACUUUCAUAUUUUUAUCAUUUUUUUUCAAUUAAACUAUUUUGUAUUAAAAGAUUACAUUUCUCAUCCUUAUCAAUGAUUUAACCCCCCCCCCCCUUUAAAUGUCUGCAGGUUUUCUCUCUCUCAAAUUAUGGCCUGUAUUUUUUUCCAGGGGGGGGGAUGCUGUAUAAUAAUUGUUAGGUUUUGAACAACUUAUCUUCCCAAAUUCAAAAGCAUGUGGCUUCUUUGGUCCUUUACUUGAUUUUCUUAUUGAUGUACUCAUAUCCCAUCGCUCUAAGUCAGGGUUGUAAGAAUAGGUUUGUUAUUUAUUAUUAAAAUCAUUUAAAAUCACAUUGAAAACACAUUUUAGAAUCAUUUUAAAACAUAUUUUAAAACCAUUGUGUAAACCCUGCUUCGAAUGCCCUGAUCCCGUCUUUGAGAGAAGGAAUUGUGUACCUCAACUUGCAGUUAAUGAAUGCAGAAAUAAGUACUAUGAAUUUAUUAGUCAGUACUUUUGUUUGUUUUGUUUUUUUUUAUACAAAACUGAACCCGCAUGUAUUCAACAUUUUUCUUCUGGUAAUAAUUCAGACGUGUGUAAUGUUAUCCUUGGAGAAUUGGUGGUUAUGUACAAAAAGAAUGACUAAAUAUGCAAAGAAAUGUUUCUUUCUCUCACCGUAACAUUAACACAGUUGCACGAUGUAAAUUAUGAUUAAUGUACAAUAGAACUUUUAUGAUGAAUAAUUAAGGGUUGAUUAUAGACUCGCAUUCUGAACAGUUAUCACUGCCUUAUCACGUAUCUUGGUGUAGCAGGCCCCAUUGUGGGGCUAUGGGGGUGUUUCACAAGCAGUUCAUGUGGAUUUAACUUCAUGCCUAAAUGCCAAUCCGCAUACAACAUGAAGGAGCUAAUCUCAAUGAUUACCCCAUACUUCAUCUGAUUAUCAAGUCAUGCAAAUCAGAUUUACUUCUUACUUCUAACUUCUACAAAUACAGUGUGUAUCAAAGUAAAGGCGAUCCGAAUAUGGAGGGGUAAUACAAAGAAAUCAUUGAAUAUUGCAAUAAAGAUUUAACAGAAUGUGAAAGAGGGAUAGGUACUGUACAGAUCAAAUUUUUCUAAGUUUGGAUUAAAAAAAUGGUGAUGUGAACGGAAUCUAGUCAACAUAUCCUACAGAAGGCUAUCAAAGUGAUCGUGUCCUCGAUGAAGAAGUCACUCAUCAGAGGCAUCGGUAUCUUAGCCCUUCUUGCCAAAACUUGUAAAAAAUUGAGUUUGUCUUCAACAUCAAUUUGUUGAGUCAUGAGUGGCGUGAAUGGUACAAGUACAGAAGAGUGUCAAUACAAAGCUGAGGAAUGGUUCUUUCAUAUACUUUUUGAAAUGUAAUACUCAGUUCUCGAUAUAUACGCCCUUAAAAGUGGAUCACCUCUUUUUCUCUAAAUUCACACUGUACCACCCGCCUCCCUGUAGUAAGAAUUCAAUACAUCAGUAAGACAAUUGGGGUUAACUAGUUUAAAAGUUGAUGUGAUUUCUCAAAUCUUUGGCCUGAAGUGUUAUUUUUCAAGUAAUGUCACAUGUGAUUCUAAUUUUGGUUUGCAAUGUAAGGUUUUAUCCAGGUUGGGUUGGGAGUCAUCAAUGAAAGCUUUAAUAAGUGCACAAGGACCAAAUCAUACCACUUUCGUACAUCAGA